AUCGUUUUUUCGUUGCCGACGACACGAAGGAUGGAGACCCGGCGUCGCGCCCUCGCGGUCUUGGCGAUGGCCUUGGUCGCGCUUUCGACCAGCGUCCAUGGCCUUGGCUCCACCGACGGCUCGAGCAUCAGCAUCUUGGACAUCACGCCGCCGCCCGCGCAGCCGAUCGGAACGCACGUCGUGCCGCCGAGCAACCACACAGCCGUCGACGACGUCGCCUCGCCGAGCCCCAACACGACCGAGGUGCAUGCGGAGAAGGAUGGCAUGGGCGACGAGCCACCGGAACCAGAGGUCGUAGACGUGGCGUCCGACAAACCAACGACGCUACCUGGUAAUGCAGAGCGACAAAAGCCCGUGGUCCCCGCGGGAGUCGACAGCAUCAGCACGAGUGCUCCAACAACCGAGUCCACAGAGGUCCCUACGCCGAUUCCGUCCACCUCGAACGAUGCACUGCAGCAUCCGAAAGCGAUCAAGAACACGGAGCCUGCGACUCUUGCUCCGACGGGGAGCGAAGACAGCGCCGAGGUUACGGCCAACGGGACGGCAAGCUCCAAAACAACCGCACCGUCAGCUACGUCCAGCUCGAGCAAGCCAGCUCUCGAAACAAAAACGUCUGCGCCAAUGACGACGCCCGCGCCUACGACUCCGAAGGAGACCACGCUUACCACCGAGGCUCCAACGACACUCGCGCCUACGACAGAAGCGCCGACAACACCCGCACCUACGACGACGCAAAUUGCAGCAACCAAUGCGCCCACGACGGCGUCCUCCAAGGCAACGAGUCGUCCGGCGCUGCGGACUGCGGCGCCCAUUGGUAAGGCGACCGUGGACGGCGGCGACGGUCUCGAGCAAGGCGAUACGACCGAGCCCGCGGGGGUUCUCGAAGGCGAUGAAAACACUGUCGUCGUCAACAGCGAUGCGCGCCCGAGCAACAACAAGAACCGCGCGAUCAAGCCGACGAUGAUGUACGCGACGAUUGGCUUUUUCGGCUUUGGCGUGCUCUGCGUCUUUUUGAUUCUGCGCCGCCGCCGCGCACCGACCUCGUCGUCGCCCCGCCACCAUCGACCGGCAGCGCCAGCCUCGGGCACGUCGGGCACGUACGCCAAGCUCUCCAAUCCGCACGACCCGUAUGACGACGUCGAUGACAUGGACUGGGACGAGGAGUCGUGGGAUGACGCGGCGCCAUCGACGCCCCGACGCCGUUUGUCGCCGGACGCGCACAACCCGUUCUCGCGCGGCCGACCGGACCCAAGCCCGCCCAUGACGCCGCUCUCGGCGCCAGUCAUGGAGACGACCACGAGUGUGCCUGUGAUUCCUGUGAUCCCGCCGCCCGCGCCGACGCUCGCCCAGCCCAUUAACCCGUUUGCUGUGAAGCACGACGUCUUUAGCGAGUUUGGUAUGGUGCCCCAAGUGACCACGGCGACCAAGACGCCACCGACGUCCUCGUCGCCACCCAAGUCGGCGUUGCCGCACAGCUCGCCACCCAAGCCGACGACGACGGCACCCGCGACUAACUUAUUUGCGAUGGAGAUGGACGACCACGCCGAUGCGUCGGGCUGGGACGACGACGAGUGGGCCAACUAACACAACACACAUCUUCCGAUACAGCAGCGCGAGACUAGUUAAACCAGACGCUUACGACCCGAUCGCGUGUUAAGUAAUAGAUUGUGUAGCCAUUUGGCUUCGUUUUGUACUUCC